CGGCACGACAGUGGCUUAAAGUGCCUUCAGAGCAACCUAAUGCAGAAGAUCCGAGUGGGAUGUUUGAAGCAUCACGAUAAUAUACCCUGCUUGUACGCCAGCAGGUUGUACAAGACAGGCUCCAGACCACCAGUGUCUCAGACUCGGCCCCAGCAGCCAAGUACUACCUAGAAAUAUGGGUUAGAGCUUGAAAAUUCGUUCACUCAGGAUUUCUCUCCUCAUUUUCACUUCCACAAAAGUUCUGACAAUCUCAUCGGAUUCUUCAACCUUGUCGGCCUCUCAGCCCGUUUCUGACAAAUAAUCAUGGGCCGAACUUUGAGGUCGUAUCAAAUCUGGAAGCUCCUACCGCAGUUCAGUUGUCACGCAGGUCUCACGCUUCUACUCUGGAUUUUACAAACGGUUUUGGCGGAGCUGGUGGACAAUCCCCCUGAGAGCCAGUUCCUUCGUAGGAGCCUUACCAGAGGUAACCAAGUCUCCCAAGCUGUGUCUUUGCAUUAUGUUUUCUGGUCACGAGUUACCUACCCGACCCUGCCCAACAACUCCACUCUCUCAAUCGAUAUCUCAAAAUCUUGGAGCGCAAAGACGGUCACAAUUAAGGCAACCCCAAAGGAGGGUGGUCCUGUGCCCACGGAUGACGAGGCAUUGUGGACUGACCCCAGCGGUGAAGCCUUCUACGUCUUUGGUGGACGGGCACCGCGCGGUGUGGGCAGGGAAAGGCUCGCAAAAGACGGCAUCUGGAAGUUUACAGUUGAUGGGGCGGGCGGAGGAACUUGGGCAUUGGAAGAACCCUCCAACCUAAACAUGCUAAAGAGUCUCACUCUAAUGAACAGAGCAGCAUAUGCCACCAGUCAUACCUCGUCAGGUAGCAUUGGGUUUUCGAUUGGGGGCACGGCCAACAACAAUACAGAUCCUGACUUCCACUUGACUGGUGCCCAAUUCAAACCUAUUGCCGGCAUGGUUUCUUACGAUAUGAAGACGAAGACUUUGUCCAAGUCGGGUUUCCAGAUGGCUAUACCACCCACUGGCACGUUACGGGAUGCACGAGCGGAAUACGUACCUCAUUUUGGCCCCAAUGGCUUGGUCUUUGUGUUAGGAGGUGUAACCUACAACGCGGAGCCGGUACCUCUAUUGGAUCACAUGUUGGACAUGACCAACAUCACCUUCUUGACCCAAGAACUGGCCAGUGGCUAUGGCAGACAACGAGCGGAAAUGCCCCAAGAAGCCGGCAAUCGUUUUGUAUGGUGGGCGUCGCCGGCCAGGCUGGGACGUAUGAGUUGCAACGACUUCGUCGACACCAUCUCCUACGACGACUUCUACAUCCUCACCCUCCCCGGUUUCGCCUGGUUCCAAGUCCCCGACCGCACCCCCGAGCCCCGCGGCGAGACGUCCUGCGCAGUCAUAGGCAACCGUCAAAUGAUAAUCGUCGACGGCCACGACUUCGCCCAGCGGCAAGGAGGCUUAAGCCGCUCGUGGAAGAUCCAAGACACGUUCCCGCAAGGCCUCGGCCUCUUCGACAUGGUGGACUUGACCUUCGUCCAGAACUUUUCUUAUAACGCGCACGCCGAGGCUUACAGGACACCGAAAGUUAUUGAGGAUUGGUACAGAAGGAACGCGACCAAUCUCUCUUCGGCCGUGCCGUGGUCGUCGGAUGAGGUGAGGGACAUGUUCCUGGCCAGGGCGGCGACGCCUGUUUCGUUUGGUGAUGAUGAGCCUGAGUCUGCCUCGACAUCCUCCUCCUCCUCCUCCUCCUCCACAGCGUCCGCAACACCGGCCUCUACCACUAAGGAUAAGGAAUCCUCCUCCACCAGCAACAGCAACGUCGGAGCCAUUGCCGGUGGCAUAGCCGGAGGCGGCGUUGUAGUGCUAGCUAUAAUCGCAGGAUUGGCUUACUACUUCCGGUUCAAGAGGAGGAGGUCGAAGAAACCACCACCCUCGCCGCCGGGUGAAGUUCAACCUACUCUAGAAACGGGCGAACCAAAAGUCGCCGUCACCGCCGAGGACGUCAGUAAACCAAAGGCCAAAGAAGAAGAGCUUCCCACCGAGCCCCAUGCCACAGAGUUGUAUGUGCCGCCUAAGGAGCUGGCAAACAAUCAUGAAGUCUGGGAACUCGACGCAGCUGGUCGGACUGGAGAGCUGGAUACUUGUACAUCGAACCCAGCUUGUGGACAGUUCCAAGCAACGAAUCCGGUGGUGCUCUGA